AAAGACAUGGAACACCACCAGAAACAGUUAACCACCGAGCUGAAGUCCAUCCGGUCAGCCACUAAAUCAAUGAUUCUGGUAAGUAACUUCGGUCGCAUUUCUGUUUUUCUACUCAACUUUUUCUUCGGCUAAAUUGAGGUUGUUGCUUUGUCAGGCCAUCCAGAAAAACCAAAUUACCCACAGGAAAGUAUUGGAGCUGAGGAAAGUGACUAGGCAAGCAGCGGCCGAGGCAGAGGCGAAAUCGGCCGAACUAGAAGAAGCCAGAAAGGAACUGGCCGAACUUCGAGGUGAGGUCGGCCGACUGACCAGAAUGGUUAGUUCGGCCGAAGCUGAAAAACAAAAGACUGCCAUAGUUCUGAAGGACAAGUACUUGCGCGAGUUGUUAAAACUUGAGAGAAAGAAGGAUGCCGAAAUAAAGGAGAAGGUAAAAGAGGCUGACAAGCAGGGCUUCAAGAGGGCAGAGGAUGCUUACGCCCUACAAUGCAAUGCUGCCAAGGAUCUUUUCUUUAAGUGCGGCUGGAGGGGAGCCGUUGAGAAGCUCGGUCAUGAUCCUCAGACCGAGGUUUUCAACCCUCCAGCCUACUUCAUACCGAACUCCCU